ACGGAACGAGGUGGACAAGAGCGAGCCGCGAACGGCGAGGACGACGACGAGGAGGACGACGAGGACGACGGUGGUGGUAGCGGCGGCAACAGCGGCAGCAGCAGUGGCGACGGUGAACGGUAACGGUGAUUGUGGCGGUGACGAGGACGAGGACGAGGACGAGAACGAGAACGAGGACGACGACGGUGGCGGCGACGGCGACGGUGACGGUGACGGUGAUCGAGACGGUGCGCCGUGUUGGUCGGUGGCGUACGCCGUACGUGUUGUUGGUGCGUGUGUUCGUGCGCGAGCGCGGUUGGUCGGUGGCUCGCGUUGUUGUAUCCAAGAUGAAGUCCGACUCGAAACCUUUGUUGACAGCUCAGGCGGAAAAGGCGAAUCAUUACACAUACUUGAAGGAGUUCCGCGUCGACCAGUGUCCCCUCUUCAUACAGCGCAAAUGUACGCAGCACCGACCGUUCACGUGCUUCAACUGGCACUUUAUGAACCAGCGGAGACGCAGGCCGGUGAGAAAGAGGGACCGCACCUUCAACUACAGCGCCGAUAAUUAUUGCACCAAGUAUGACGAGACGACUGGCAUCUGUCCCGACGGAGAUGAAUGUCCGUUUCUGCAUCGUACCGCGGGCGACACAGAGAGACGUUAUCAUCUACGCUACUACAAGACAUGCAUGUGCGUCCACGAUACCGACACGCGUGGAUUUUGCGUGAAGAAUGGCCCGCAUUGCGCUUUUGCGCACGGAAAUCAUGACCUGCGCCCGCCCGUGUAUGACAUCAAGGAGAUUCAGGCGCUGGAGAAUCCGGACUCAGACCCAAACUCCUCAUCGAAUGGGCCUAACAUACUCGACAAAGAGCGUAACUUGAUGAACGAGGAUCCAAAGUGGCAGGACACGAACUACGUGCUAAGCAACUACAAGACCGAGCCGUGCAAGAGACCACCGCGGCUAUGCCGGCAAGGCUACGCCUGUCCGCAGUAUCACAACAGCAAGGACAAACGACGCAGCCCACGGAAAUAUAAGUAUCGCUCAACGCCAUGCCCGAAUGUGAAACACGGCGAGGAAUGGGGCGAGCCGGGCAACUGCGAACAGGGAGACGCGUGUACGUACUGUCAUACUCGCACGGAACAGCAGUUCCAUCCUGAGAUCUACAAAUCCACCAAGUGUAACGACGUGCAGCAGGCUGGUUACUGUCCGCGCGGCGUCUUCUGCGCCUUCGCGCAUGUUGACCGUGAGUGUACACUCAUCAAUCUGUUGCCAACAGAAGAAAUGAGCCUGGCGAGGGAUAUGGCGGUACCUAUAGAUUGUGGAGCGAAUCUGGCCGACAUACUCAGCAAUGCUCUUCCUCCUGACAAGCGCUCGCAUGACAAGGACAAGCCACUUAGUGACAGUAGCAAUGGAAGCGGCGAAGUCUCGGAAUCCGCCAGCACCAGCAGUCUGGGUAGCAACAGCUCGCACAGUAAGGCGCCAGGCGCUCAACUACACAAUUCCAAUAAUACCAAUUCCGGCAUAAAUGCCGCGCAGCAGAAACUUACGAGCAUACUUUACAACCCUAAUUCCCUUAUACAAGUUAAUGAAAUUCGAAAGCAAAUGGUCGCCAUCGACAGCGAUCCGUUAUUAACUAAAGCUGAAAAGGCCCAACAAAAACAUAGUCUCUAUAUUGCGUACAAUUUGAACGGAACAUUAGGCAGUCACUCAUUAGCAACCACUGUUUCACCACUUUCAAAUUCGUUCUACUCAAACGAUACUGUGGAAUCUGUAGUAGGAAAUGCAUUAGACGAGUUACAUUUAGACGAUCCAUUAAAUUUAGUCGACUCAAUUCAUAGGGAUACAAAUUCACCGAUUGGCAAUUCAAUAUCGGCAGGCCUAGCUAGCUCCGGUCUACUCGGUAGCUCAGCCCCAGUCAAUAUACCGGGCAUGACUGAACGUUCAGUUCUCACCAAUUUUUCGCCAUCGACGUCGAGCCCACUUCAACAAUUACAGGCUGGUUUUCUCACCGGAUCGAGAUUCUCUCAUCAAGAUUCCAUGGAAUCCACAUUGCCAUUUAUGAAUCAAAUAUCAGAUCCAUUUAGCAAUCACAUUUCGCAACUUAGCAGCUCGGCUUCUAAGCUUAGUGGAUUCAAUAGUAGUUUAUUCGAUUUUGCGAGCCAAGGAAUGUCACCGUCGCGUACGCAACCCACUCUACCGGCAUCUCCAUUGGUCAAUACAUUUUCCAUUAGUCCAAGUAACACAGGAUCGUUGUCCGAGGUACAAAGGCUCAGAGACGAAUUGUCCUCGAGCCGCGCUCAAUUGGCAACAUGGGACGAGCGUAUUAAUCAAGCACGCGCGGCUUGCGCGGCGUGGCAAAUGGAAAGCGAGGAGGCGAAGAGGAAGGCAACCAUUGCCGAACAACAAAGAGAUGAGAGAAGGGAUUUUUUGCAGGCACUGAAAGCACUCAGAGUCGAAAACAAGGCGUCCAAUGGCGGUCCGUAUCUCCAUUCACUGAGGAAAAUAAGCGAGCUCAGAUCAUUAUCGAUAGCGACCUUGAAAUCAAUUCAAUCGCAAUUGCGCUCGGAUCUCGAAGAGGUGGAAAAGGUGCUGUACAGAGAAACGGCAACAAAGUGCAUGGUUUGCGAAGAACAAAAUCGUACAGUUACUCUAUCCUGCAAUCAUUAUGUGGUCUGCUCGACAUGCGCCCCAAAUCAGCGCGAGUGUCCGUACUGUCAGACUCCAGUUGUCUCAACAAGUUAAAUCUAAAUCUUUCCUUAGAAUCCUGUUGUUGUUACAAUUUCUGCUUCUCGUCCCUUAAAGAAAAAAGAAUGAAGAGGCGAUAGCAGCCGCAAAUUCUGAAAGAAUAUCAUGUGAGUAGUAUUACGAUUUUGCGAGGACUUGUGUAUUUUUACUCUGGUACAGUGACAAAACUGAAAAUACGUUUUUUUUAUCGCGGUAAGCAUGUACCCGCAAAAAUACGAUUGAUUUAUCGCCAAAGUGAGUACGAAUAUUAGAAUCUUUAUUGGUGUAAUCUUAAAUUACAUUGACAUUUUUCUCUCUCGAUAUACAUACAUAU